UCGAAUUCUUCACCACUGCAAAUUGUUGUCAUGGAGAUCUGUUAAAAAAAAAAAAAAGAAAGAAAAAAAAGCCACCGAGGGGAUGCGAUAUUUCUCUUACACGGUGAUUUCUCCUCGUUGGCCAAACAUCUAAAAUCCGGAGUGUGCAUGAAUAAAAAUGAGUGCAAAUUCUGCUAGAAUAUGCAUGCGUUGUAACUUCACACGGGAGCUGUUUAAAGUUGAGUUUUUAACAUAGAUACCCCUCAUACCCUCCCCAAGAGUGAUGUCAGCUGUAGGAUUUGGCGAGAGGGGGUGUGGGGGGAUCUAAAGAGUGCAUAACCAUGGAAAGGGGCUUGAACGCUCAAGAAUCUUGUCUUUCUGUUUGCCCCCUCAAUCGAGCGACACAAAGGCUGAAUUACUCAUUCAAACCUCGCAGGACAAAGGGAAAGGAGCUGGAUAGCACUCCUGCAUUUGUAGUCAAACAUUUAGAGACUUAAAUCGAGUCGUCAUGAAGGAGAAAGAGUCGGACAAAGCCCAUAGAAUUGCCAUCAGCAAACAUUUUCCUGUGUCAUAUUAUGGGGUCUCCAUGGCUCCCUCUGGCCCGCGGACAAUAGCACAAGUUUGCACACUCGAAUACUGUCACCCUGCCAACGGCAACAAGGGCCCAAAACAGGACAAUCCCCAGAGAAAGCAUGGGCUCCGCGGGGAAGGUUGCAAUAGAGGAGGAAAAGGGGACUUGUGAAAUGCUAAUUGAGCUUCAUCCCCUUAUUGAAGUGGGAAAAGAGUACCUAUCGUUCCAUUGAACCGCAGCAGCAGUGGAAUGAGAUGUGAGGAAACAGUUUGUCUGGGAGAACUCCAGAGGUCAUGCUCACGGACUGUGGCGGAGAAAGUUAGUGAACAGUGCCAGCUGGCAUGCCACUGUAGAAGAUACCCUCCCCUUCCUCCUCCGCCGCCUCCACCGCCUCCUCCGCGGCUACUGGGCACCACAGUGGUAGGGCCAAAAGUGCCCUUGAGGCCCUGGUGGAUGGAGAUGGACAUUAUAGUGCUUGGAACGGUGGGCUGUGCCUCAGUUGUCUUCCUCCUCUCAGCCAUCAUCAUCUGCUACAAGGCCAUCAAGAGGAAACCACUACGGAAAGAAGAGAACGGGACAAGUCGCGGGGAAUACGCCAUGAGUAUCCGUAACAAGAAAGCCAUGGGUACCAACAACACUGUGGUAUAGACUGUCUCCGGGUAGACGCAGGAAGUGACAUCACCAUUAUCGUCUCUCACCUUAACCCCAAAUACAACAAUCCCUUCUCACCCAGAAUGCAACAGGAUUUUACCCGAGGUUUUCAAAUAGGUAAACCUUUCCUUUUUGCUUGGCAUGUUGCCCGGACUGAAGACACCAUUCAGCUCAAGAGGGGCUGUAAAAAAAAGAUGGAAGGAAAAAAAAAUCAAGGCAGAAAGGACGAGGAGAGAAAGAUCCACAAACCCCCAUGGUGUUGAAAGUGGCACAGCAGGCUGAACAUUAUGCUCUUAGUAACAGCAAGUGUUGCUGACAGGCUGGUUGGCUGCUGGCUGGAGAGGGACUGUCUGCCAGUCUGCCGCAGAUCCAGACCUCACACACACUGUUGACAUCUGCAAUGGAACAACGGACAAUGAAGCAGCCCCACACUCCCAUGGGGCAGCUAGACAGGACAGCCAAUCACACACAAUAAAUAACAUGCAUGCAGUUUUUACAGAGAAUGCAACAUUUUUUAUAUUCCGAUGCUCACACUGUCCAUCUUUUGUUCUCCAUUUUUGAGACAGAUGCUUUGUGAGAGGCAUGAUUUGACUUUUGGUCCAGGCUCUGAGAUGUGGAUUCAUCUGACUAUGCAAUUUAAAGAAAUCCAUAUUUUAAAAAAAAAGAAAAAAAAAAGAGGAGCAACGACAUCAACAUGGGACGUUCUGGUUAUUUUACCAUGCCAAAAAUGCCACUGAAGACUUAGGCUCAAUGUAAUAUACUUCAAUCAUUCAUCUUCAUCAUUUAUUUGCUCUAUUUAUUUACUUAUCUACCUUUUGAAUUUAUUUUUCUACUUAAAAGGAAAAAAAAACUGUCUCGUACAUUCUUCACAUCUUGACAAAUCUUGACGAACGUCUUGAAGAAUUCAUUUUAUUUCUUGAUAGCUCUGGUUUUUUUUAAGUGGAUUAUUUAUAAAGCAUAUAAUUCAUUUGUGAUGCUCCGAUGCUUUAAGCCUGCUGUCAGUUUGUUGAGACACUGAUGCAGAAAACACGCUUGCUCUGCAAAGAGUUUUUGUAUCAGUUGCUUUGUCUCUGGUCGUUUGAUAUGCUUUUCUCUGUUUCCUUGAGACUUCAGCUAAAAAAAGUCAGGGGUCUCUAUGAUGUGCUAUGUGAAUGGGUGUUUUUCAAUCAUUAUUUCUGUGCAGCAUCAUAUGCCAGUCCCCAUUUUUAGUUUAUUCACUCAAUGCAAGCCCCCUAAAUCACAUCACACCUGUCAUCUGGUUAAAUCUUGUUGUUUCAAAGUCUUGGGGGUCAGCUAGAUGCCUUCAGACACGUUUUGUUUGGAUUUGACAAUCUUCAUUUUUCUAUCUGUCAAGAAGGGCUUAGCCCAUCACUAUAGAAACAGGGGACAUGAGCCCAGGGCUGACCUUGUGACUGGUGACAGACAGGAGACUUAGCCAAUAGCCAGAGAUCAGGUUGCACAGAGGAUGGCCUCAGCAAAGAUGUGUGUGUGACUCAGUGCUGUCACAGGCAUCCUCCACAUCCCCGCUGGAAAAAAAAAAAAAAACACAACCAAGCUGAACUAGAGCAUCACUCAACGCUGCUCUGCUUUUUUUUUUUUUUUUUUACAUUAAAUCUGUGUGUCUGUGUGUGCGUGCAUGCAUGUGUGUGUGUGUGUGUGUGUGUGAGUGUGUGUCUGUCUGUCUGUCUGUGAGUGUGCAUGCAGAUGAGUGUACUCAGUGAGAGUGGGCUGUACUCUGUGGCUGUCAGUUAAGUAUAGAUAUUGGCUAAACUGUUGAAAUUUGGAAAAACACAUGCUUGCAUCUAAACAUGCACAGGUAUUAGCUAACAAUAUACCCCACCAUGUACCUAUAUGAGAGAAAUGAUGGAUGCAUGAAUGUAAAUAUUGAUAUUUAAAUAUCUGCCUUCUGGACUGUUAAUUCAUGUACAGUGUAACAGAACAUAUGUUUAUACAUAGUAAAACUUAAACAAUGUGCUACCAUUUAGAAUUAUGUCAAUGUUGUCAUGUUGAUGGAGCAAGCCAUUAAUGUAUAUAUGGCAAUCAAUAGUACAUACACAAUUUAUGCAUUAUAUCAAACAGAUAGAAAGAUGUGCAUAAGUUGAUUUCAUUGCUGAGUUUUUCAGUUGUAAAUAAAACUGUACAUAACAACAGA